AUUAGUAAGAUCUACAUGCAGCCUGACAAUGAAUUGUGUAAGAAAUUUGGCAGCUCAGGUUUUUUGGAUAGCAACUGUGUUUGGAGCUGCUUUUGGAUCAUGUAUCAUUUCACAUCCGCAAAAUGUAACUGGAUAUGCUGGGGAGAGAUUAAUGUACAGCUGUGUCGCUUCUUGCGGGGAAAAAUUUUGGAGACUAAAUGGUUCUUUUGCUCAAAGGGAAACGGAAUAUCCAUAUCGAGCCGUCAUUGUUAAUGAUUGGAUAUAUACACUAUCAGUUGAGGCGUCUGCUGCUACAAACAACUCUGUUGUAACUUGUUGGCUAUUGAAUCCUCCUAAUAACGAAGAAAGCAAUGCCAUAAUUAUUGUGCAAGGAACAGUUGCAGAACCAACUAGUGUACUUGUCAAUUACGAUGAUAAUCAUGUCAACCUUUCAUGGAAUCAACCCUACACUCUGCCUGAGACAGAAUUAGAGUUUGCUAUCAAUGUUUCCAUGGGUAGUAAUUACAGGUUGUUCACAACAGCUGAAACUCGAAUAUCAUUCUCUUACUCUUUCCUAAAUAUUGAUCACUGCAUUUCUGACCACACUGUCAAUAUAACAGUUUAUGGCGUGAAUGGAGCAGGUGAAGGUGAACCAUCAUUUGUACAAGCCAUGAUUCCACAGUCUCAAUCAGAGAACUGCAGCCAAGCUAUUUAUCGACUUGGACCUCCAAUUGAUAUAAAUACUGUUGUUGAGGAGAAAUCUCUAACCCUCUCAUGGCAACCCCCUCUCCUAAUGCUUGCUCCUGGUGUCAUGUUGUGCUACAAGAUAUCAGUCAAUGUUACUGAAUCUUUGGAUCCCCAAAACAUACUCACACAGUUUGUGUCCAAUUGUGCCUACAACACAACUUAUGCACUAUCUUUAUCUUCCAUUGGCAUCAAUCGGUGUAAUGGAGAUUACCUCAUUGAAAUACACGUUGCUGGAGUGACUUCUGCACAGGUGGAAGGUGUAUUUGCAAGGAUAGUGGAAGUAAUAUCAUCCAUAGAAGGUUGCUCGCCAACAGAUUUAUGGAUUACGAUUGCUGCCGCUGUAAUAAGUCCAUCGCUAAUAAUAGGAUUGUCAAUUGCACUGAUCAUAGUACUCCUGAAAAUGAAGAAGUACAGGUCAAAAACAUUAACCUUUCAACAUGACGUGGAGUUGAAAGAAAGUGCAGCCUAUGGAAUCAGCUCAAUGAUAGCUAAUGAAGCAUAUGGGUGUCAUUCUGAUGAAGAUUUGCACAUUUACGAAGAGAUUGUUGCUAAGGAAAUCGUUACAAUAGCUGGAAUUUAAGAGUGCAUAGAACGAAGCUCUCGAAGUAUAUAGAUCACAUGCAUGCAUCCACCAUCCACCAUAACUAUAACUAUAUAUGAAUCAUGAACUCCUUCAUUCAACACUGUGAUGUAAUUACUAGCUUGUGUGUUAUGAAACAAAGUUCUGUUUCUGUUGUUUAUUAGCUAUAAUAAGCUUAAGCUAGUUUUUGCAAUUUCAUGCAUAUAGCUACAGUGGAAACCCCUACAAUGUUUUGGCCUUUAUACAGAGGUGGCCUUUGUUGAGAAGUUGUUUUGUACACAAACUGUUCAUUUGGGACCUGGGUGCCUGGCCGUUAUAUAGCAACUGGCCUUUAUUCGGAGGUGGUUGUUAACAGAGGUUCCACUAUAUAUACAAAUGAAAAACCUUAACUGUUUUACACACAACUGCUGGUAUGGCAUGAGCGAGCGUUAAUCAUAAUAAUUAUUAAUCAACAGGUGGAACAGGUAAACUGCACUAUUUCAGCUACGUCUUUAACCAUAUA